GUUGCACCAUCUAUGAAAUUCAUGUGUGAUCAGAUCUCAGUAUCUUGUAUUGAAACAACUGCUUUGAAUUGUUAAUUUAAAGAUUAAUGGCAGAACAAUAAUAUUUUUAAUUAUAUCGCUUCAUUCAAAUUAUUAAUGAAGACACCACAUCAAAGAUUAGUUAUGGUUGGUGAUCGCGAUGGACUGAAGGAAUUAUUAAGACGUAGACUAGUUGAGUGUGGCUGGCGGGAUCAGGUGAAGCUGAUAUCAAAAGAACUGAUAAAAGAGCAUGGCAAUGACAUUACUUACGAUAUGUUGCUGUCUACGGUGACCACUAGAGCUCGCACGCUUGUACCAGACUCAGUGAAGAAAGAACUAUUACAGAAAAUAAAGAAUCAAUUGAUGGCUCAAGAAGAAAAGCUGAAAAUUGUGACAGAUCGUUAGGAACCUUAUUCGAAUCAUUAAUCACCAGCAGUUUUUCAUCGAAAUAAUGACAUUUGUAAAAGUUAUGACUAUAUCUCUUGCGACUUACAUUCUUCUAACGGUUUAUUGACGCAGUAUAUUGUUUAGUACAUGAUAAUUAACAGAAAGAUAACUCUUUGUAAAGCGCAAAAUGUGAUAUUUAUAUCUAAUAAUUAAAAUACAUAUAUUCAAUAAU